AUGAUUCAAAGCGCAGAAGAAGCGCAUGGACAACCGGAUUCUAAGUCUGAAGAGGAGGAAGUACCCAUUACGUAUUUGCCACUACAAGCAUCGGACCCAAUUGCUCACCAGAACAAUAUUCCCACGAAAGCUGACAUACCUAUUACUGCAGUGGUCCCAACUGCCCCCCGGAACAAUGUUCCCACAGGAAACUGUGUUCCCAUAAACCAGUGCUUAAUCCGGAAAAAUCGAAGUGUGUGCCAAAACAAUCAAGUCUGCUGUGACGUUAUCAAAGAGAAUCCUAAUAGCUUAGUAGAAACGCAUGGGCAACCAGGUCCUGACCCUACAUCAUCAUCCUCGGAAGACGAGGGAGUAUCCAUUACCUAUACGCCACCCAAAGCAUCGGACGAAAUUCCCUUAAAAGCUGGCAUACCCAUUACGUAUUUUCCACGCAAAGUAUCGGUCCCAACUCCCCAACACAAUACUUCCAAAGAAGCUGGCAUACCCAUUACGUAUUGGCCAACCAAAGCAAGCACCCAAAACGAUGUUUCAAUGGAAGCAUUGCCUAAAACAAAUGAUGAUGGAGACGAUAAGCAGCCAAAGCCUGGUCCAUUUCCCUGGGUGGUAGCCAUCAUUUACAAAGGAGUUUACUUGGCGGGCGGAUCCCUUAUUCACCCAAAAGUGGUCCUAACAGCAGCUCACAUCACACUGAGCAUGGUCGCUAACGAAACUGUGGUUAGGGCCGGCGAGUUUGACAUGAACUCCACAAAUGAACCCUUUCAGCAUGAGGAGCGCAAUGUGGAGAGGAUUGUGAGACAUGAAGGAUUCGUUUAUGGGACAGGUGCCAAUAACUUGGCGCUUAUUUUCGUAAAAACGAUGUUCGGGUUAAAGGACCACAUUGGAAUUAUAGCGCUGCCAAACCCACAAACGUCGUUCGAGGGACGUCGCUGCACGGUAGUCGGUUGGGAAAAGGAGAGCUCCCAGGAACGACACUUUGGGGGAAUCAUGAGGCAAGUUGAGUUACCCAUGGUGGACAGGGCGACAUGUGAGGAUCAGUUAAAAAAAGCCAACAUGGGUAGAGACUUUCAACUUGCUCAGAGCCUGAUUUGCGCUGGAGGUGAACGGGACCGGGAUAUCUGCUUUGGCAGUGGAGGUUCUGGAUUGUUCUGCCCCCUCGGAGGAGAGAAUCCACAUGCCUACGUACAGGCUGGGAUCGUAGUCUGGGGCAUCGAUUGUGGGUCAAAGGACAUCCCAGGAACAUAUACAAAUGUGGCAAUGUUCAGAAGUUGGGUUGAUCAAAUGCUGAUAUACUGGAUAUGA